GCUAGAGCUGGGGUGCUCUGAGGCAGCCACCUGCACGUAAGCUGCACUUGGUGACCUCAGUGCAGUUUGGCACCCACAGGGGCGUCUGAUGGGUGUGCAGCACUUGGCUGUCCAAAAUGUCUCGGCGCAGAGCAUGCUGCUGGCCUGGCAGCCUGUCGGUGGUGCCACUGGCUACCGGCUCUCCUGGGCGACCCUCACAGGGCAGGACAGGCAGAGGGUGGAUCUGGAUGCUGGGAAGACAUCACAUCCACUGGAGGGGCUGCAGCCCAACACCAACUACAUAGUGACUGUGACCCCACUUUUUGGACAGCUGGAGGGCCCCACAGCCACAGUACGGCAGAGGACAGAGGCAGCUGUGGAGCAGACGCUGCAGACCAACAUCCUGGGCCCCACAUCCAUCCAGGUGAUCUGGACUGGUGCCCGUGAUGCCCGUGGCUACCGUCUGGAGUGGAAGAGAGACACAGGACUGGAGCCCCCCAGGACAGUGUCACUCCCUAGCAGUGCCAACACCUACCAGUUGACAGGGCUGCAGCCAGGCACUGAGUACCGGAUCACCCUUUACACGCUCUAUGAUGGCAGGGAAGUGGCCACCCCUGUUACCACCUUCCAGACAGGUGUGGAGGUGCCCGUGGGUACCGUGUCGAACCUGCGGCUCACUGAGGAGUCAGGCAGGCGGGUGCGGCUGGGCUGGACUGGUGUCCCUGGUGCCACUGAGUACAAAGUGGUGGUGCGCAACAACCAAGACAGCACAGAGAGGACAAGGCGUGUCCCAGGCAGCCAGACUGGGCUGGAGCUGAGUGACCUCCGUGAGGGCAUCACCUACGUGGUGCGUGUCUCGGCGCUGGCAGGCAGCCGAGAGGGCAGUGCUGCCACACUCACCAUCCGCCUCAAGUAUCCAGCAGUGGGCAGUGUCUCGGAGCUGCGAGUGACAGAGGCCAGUCCCAGCCAGCUGCGAGUCACCUGGCGAGGGCCGCCAGGUGCUGGAGGCUACCUGCUGACAUGGCGAGGCAGUGAUGGCCUGGAGCAGUCCCGCUUCCUCCCUGCUGACCCCACUGCUUUCACCAUCGAGGGGCUGCGCGCAGGCGUCGUCUACACCAUUGGCGUCUCAGCCAUCGUGGAUGGCCGUGAAAGCAGGCCUGUCACCACCACAGGGCAGACUGCACCUGAGCAGGUGGGGACGGUGUCCCAGCUGGAGGUGCAAGAGUCCAGGAGCAAUAUUGCCCGCGUCACCUGGGUUGGUGUGCCAGGAGCCACUGCCUACCGCGUGGUCUGGAGCCGUACAGAUGGAGGCUCAGAGAGCAGCCGUCGGGUUCCUGGCCACACUAGCUCCUUUGACAUCCCUGACCUGGAGGGCGGUGUCUCCUACACUGUGAAGGUGACGGCUCUCAUAGGCAACCGGGAGGGCAACCCUGUCUCCAUCAUCGUCACUACCCCGGAGGCAGCCCCGCUGCCCCCUGUCAGAAGCUUCCGUGUGACAGAGGCCUCUGAGCACCGUCUGCUCCUGGCCUGGGUGCCUGCAGCUGGCAGUGCUGGGUACCGCCUGGUUUGGCGCCUGGCUGAGGGAGGGCCUCAGCACAGCCAGCAGCUCCCAGCCACCACCAGCACCUAUGACCUGGGGGGGCUGGAGCCGGGCAGGCGCUAUCACAUCAGCAUCAGCAGCUUGGCUGGCAGCCGGCAGAGUGAGCCAGCCACCAUUACUGCUGUCACUGCAGCUGCCCCAGCCCGUGUUACCAACCUGCGUGUGACAGAGGUGCGGAGAGACUCAGUGACACUCGCCUGGACCUCUGUCCCUGGUGCCUCCAGCUACAUCCUCUCUUGGAGCCCCCCCGCAGCUGGUGGGGAGACGAGGAGGACAGUGCCUGGUACUGCUAGCUCCCAGCAGGUUUCUGGGCUGCGCCUGGGCCAGAGCUACACCUUCACCCUCCGCCCGUUCCUGGGGAGCGUGCCAGGUGCCGAGACCUCGGUCAGCGAGCGCACAGUCUGCAGGGAUGCCCGUGGUGACAUUGUCUUCCUGGUGCACGGCACCCGUGACAGUUCCUCUGGCGCUGAUGCCAUCCGCACCCUCCUUUCCAACACCGUGUCCUCCCUGGGGCGCCUGGGCCCUGAGGGCACACAGGUGGCUCUGGCCACAUACAGCUACCGCAGCCUGCCCUGGCUAUUCCUGAACCGCUCCAGCGACCUGCCUGCUGUGCUGGAGCAGAUCCGUACCAUGCGCUACGAGGAGCCCAGCGGCAAUGCUAUUGGAGCAGCCAUAACCUUUGCCAGGACCUAUCUGCUGAGCCCCAAUGCAGGGCGCCGGCUCAAUGUGCCAGCGGUGCUGGUGGUCCUGGCUGAUGGCCCUUCAGGGGACGAUGCCAUCACUGCAGCCAGAGAUGUUAAAGCUGGAGGGGUCCAGGUGCUAGCAGUGAGUUUGGAGGGGGCAGACCAGGAGCAGCUCCGGCGCAUGGUCACUGGCGAGGACCCACGGUACAUCUACCGUGGUGGCAGCACCCUGGCAGAGCUGGAGGGAGAGCUCACUGAUGACCUCUGCACCAUCAUCUCCACCAGGCCAGAGCCAAUGCCGAAGCCCUGCACUGUGCAGUGCCCCAGGGGUGAGAAGGGAGAACGCGGUGAGGCAGGACCACAAGGACGAGCAGGGCCACCAGGCCUCCCUGGAGAGCCGGGCCGUCAUGGGCCACCUGGCCCUCCAGGACCCCCGGGGCCACGGACUGUGCCAGAAGAUACCAUCGAGCGUCCAGGCAAGAAGGGGGAUAGGGGAUUCCCUGGAGCUGAUGGGACACCAGGAAGCCCUGGCCGCCCUGGGAAUCCUGGAUCACCUGGCCAACCAGGCACCCAAGGCAUCCCUGGACCCCGAGGAGAUCCUGGCCCACGGGGGCCAACAGGGCUUUCUGGCCCGAAGGGGGAGAAAGGAGAGCCGGGGGAGCCUGGUGUGAUCAGGGAUGGAGGACAGGGGCUGCCAGGCCGGAAAGGAGAGCCAGGAACAGUGGGCAGCCCUGGCCCCCCCGGGAGCCCGGGCCCAAGGGGACCAUUUGGUGAUCCAGGUCCCCCUGGUCCACUUGGACCCAUGGGGCCACCAGGACCUCCAGGAGAGUUUGUGAAGGGAGAGAAAGGUGACCGAGGAGAAAGGGGCCCCCCUGGACUGGUGGAUGGGGCAGCACCUCGAGGGGAGCCUGGCCUCCCGGGCCUGCCUGGGGACCCUGGGCCUCGAGGACCUGCUGGACCCCCUGGCCUCAAAGGAGAGAAGGGUGAUGGAGCAGAAGGCUUCCCAGGGCUGCCUGGACGCCCUGGGGACCCAGGAGACCGGGGCCCACGGGGACCACCAGGGGAGCAGGGCAGGAAGGGAGACCGUGGGGCACCAGGUGACCUGGGAGAUAUGGGCGAGAAGGGGGACCGUGGCAUGCCAGGCCCGGAGGGGCAGAAGGGUGAGGCAGGAGUCCCAGGGCGCCCAGGACCAUCAGGCAGAGAGGGAGCUCCAGGACCAGCUGGGCCCCGAGGGGAGAAGGGGGAGCAUGGAGAGAAGGGUGAUGAAGGCACUCCGGGUGAAGCAGGUCUGCCUGGCAAACCUGGAGACAGGGGCCCACGGGGCCUCCCUGGCUACCGUGGUCCCCCUGGGGAGAAAGGUGACCCAGGGGACCCAGGUCUUGAAGGCAGGAAUGGCAGCCCUGGAGCACCAGGGAGCAAGGGCGACCGUGGGGAGCCGGGGCCUCCUGGACCUCCAGGACGAACUGCUGACAUAGGGCUCGGAGGAGCAGGGGAGAAGGGUGAGAAGGGGGACCCUGGGGACCCUGGUGAGGAUGGUGCAAAGGGUGCCCGGGGCGAUGCUGGCUCCCCUGGUGUGCCUGGAGAGAGGGGUGUGGAGGGCCCCCGUGGGCCCCCUGGUGCACGGGGCGACCCAGGUGACCGAGGACUGCCAGGAGAGAAGGGGGACCGUGGCCCACCAGGGCUGGAUGGCCGCAAUGGGCUGGAAGGCAAACCUGGGCACCCAGGCCCCACCGGGCUGCGGGGGGACCCGGGGAAGCAAGGGGACCCUGGCCGAGAUGGACUGCCUGGGCUGCGUGGGGAGCAGGGACUGCCUGGCCCCAUUGGCCCUGUGGGACCACCUGGCAUCCCGGGCAAACCAGGCGAUGAUGGCAAACCCGGCCUCAACGGCAAGAAUGGAGAAGAUGGCACACCAGGAGAAGAUGGCAGAAAGGGUGACAAAGGUGACACAGGACCCCCUGGCAGAGAGGGCCCCAGUGGUGCCAAAGGCGAGCAGGGGGACAGAGGUGUGCCAGGGCCCCUUGGCCCCCCUGGCAUCCCAGGGCAGGUCGGUCCCCCAGGCCAGGGCUUGCCAGGUGUCCGUGGGGUGCCUGGACCAAAGGGGGACCCAGGGGAGCCUGGACUGCAAGGAGAGCCGGGGCGACCUGGCAACCCUGGAGCACGUGGAGACCCUGGGACUUCAGUGAACAUUGAACGUAGCCUGGAAGCACUUGGCAUCAAGAUUUCAUCCCUGAAGGAGCUCACGGGUGCAUAUGAUGGGAGCUCGGACUCGUUCGUGCCACUGUCUGAACGGCUGCGGGGCCAGAAGGGCAGCCGGGGAGAGCCGGGGGAGAGAGGCCCUCCAGGUCGAGAGGGCUCCUUAGGCUUUCCUGGUGAGCGAGGACCCAAAGGUGACAAAGGAGAACUGGGUGCCCCUGGCCCCCAGGGCCCUAUGGGACGUGCUGUGGGCGAGCGGGGUCCUGAGGGGCCACCCGGGCAGCCAGGGGAGCCUGGCAAGCCAGGCAUCCCAGGGGUGCCAGGCCGUGCUGGGGAGCUUGGGGAGGCUGGCAGGCCUGGUGAGAAAGGUGACCGAGGCGAGAAGGGUGACCGUGGUGAACAGGGCAGAGAUGGCUUGCCUGGUCCCCCUGGGCCCCCAGGGCCCAAGGCAGACGUGGCAGAGGGCAGCCUGAUGGGGUUCCCAGGAGAGCGUGGCCCUGCUGGACUCAAGGGAGCGAAGGGUGAGCCAGGAGCCGAUGGCGAGAGGGGACCCAAAGGAGAUAAGGGCGAUGGUGGCUCACGGGGAGAACGAGGGGAGCCUGGAGAGAAGGGCAGGGAUGGUGCCCCAGGCCUCCCGGGUGAGAGAGGGCUGGCUGGCCCCGAGGGGAAGCCGGGCUUGCCAGGCUUCCCCGGUGUGCUGGGACGCCCGGGCAGCCAGGGAGACCCAGGACCUCCAGGACCUCCAGGCAGCACUGGACCACCAGGGACCCAGGGACCAGCUGGGACCAAGGGUGAGCCAGGGGAGCCUGGCUCUGGUGUCCGGGGUUUGCCUGGUCCCCAGGGUAGCAUGGGGCUGCCUGGCCCCACCGGCCCCCCUGGUCCAGGGGGUCCACCGGGUGUCCCAGGGCUGCCAGGACAAGUGGGGGAGAGCGGGAAGCCCGGCGUGCCAGGAAGGGAUGGUGUGCCAGGGAAGGAUGGUGAGGCUGGGAUGCCUGGAAAGAUGGGUAUGCCAGGACCUUCAGGCCCUGCAGGUCCCAAGGGAGAGCCAGGGGAUGUCGGAGCCCCAGGGCAGGCCAUUGCUGGCCCUCCUGGUGCCAAAGGUGAGAAGGGUGAGCCAGCACUGCUGAAGGAUCUGCUGCUGGGAGAACCUGGCUCCAAGGGUGAGCGAGGCUUGCCCGGCCCCAAGGGUGAGAAGGGAGAGCCAGGAGGAUUUGGAGAGCCAGGGGAUCCUGGGGAAGAUGGAGCCAAGGGGUCCUCUGGAGCCAAAGGAGAGAAAGGAUCACCAGGUGUCGGUGUGCAGGGACCUCCAGGACAGGACGGGCCUCCAGGCUUGAAGGGUGACAUUGGCUUGCCAGGACCACCUGGACCUCCAGGUUUAGCAGGCAUUGCUGGGACACCAGGACAGCCGGGCCUGAGAGGAGAUAAUGGGCAGCCUGGCCCACCAGGUGCCCCAGGAGAGAGGGGGAUGAUUGGCUUUCCAGGGAGAGAUGGCACCUCUGGACCACCAGGACCUGCAGGGCCCCCUGGGCCAGCUGGCAUACAAGGGGCCUCUGGCCUGAAGGGUGACAAGGGUGCCCCUGGGGCUGGGCUGCCUGGAGCCAGAGGUGAGCGUGGAGACCCAGGGCCACGGGGUGAAGAUGGGCGCCCAGGACGAGAAGGAGAUCGAGGGCCAGCUGGCUUGCCUGGGAACCGUGGGGAGCGUGGGGACAAGGGAGAUGUUGGGGCCCCAGGGCCCAAAGGAGACAAGGGCGAUACCGUGGUGGUGGAGGGGCCUGCGGGAGCACGAGGCAGCAAGGGAGAGCCGGGUGAGCGUGGCCUGAAGGGCAUGGAAGGGGACAAGGGCGACAAGGGGGAGCAAGGCAUGCCUGGAGAGAAGGGGGUGAGGGGUGAGCAAGGCGAGAAGGGCUCCACAGGCUUCCCUGGGGCACGUGGCCCUGGUGGGCAGAAGGGAGAGGCUGGAGUGUCAGGAGAGCCUGGGGAGCCGGGCCAGCCCGGCCGUGACGGGGUCCCCGGAGCCCGAGGAGAGAAGGGGGACGUAGGACCUCUGGGCAUGCGUGGUCCCAAGGGUGACCGGGGCAUGAAAGGCGCCUGUGGCCUCGAUGGGGACAAGGGCGAGAAGGGAGAGCCAGGGAUCCCGGGGCGCGCAGGGCUGCCGGGGAGGAAAGGCGAGCCGGGAGAGCUGGGUCUGUCGGGACCACCGGGCAUCCCCGGGAAGGAGGGGCUCAUGGGACCCAAGGGUGACCGGGGAUUCGACGGGCAGCAGGGAGCCAAAGGAGACCAGGGGGAGAAAGGAGACCGGGGUGCCCCAGGCAUUGUAGGUGGCCCUGGUCCACGGGGCAUUGAUGGUGCUCCUGGUCCCCCUGGACCUCCAGGAAGUGUUGGCCCCCGAGGUCCUGAGGGCAUACAGGGCCAGAAGGGGGAGAGAGGCCCCCCUGGGCAGUCGGUGCCAGGGCCCCGCGGUGUGCCUGGCAUUCCGGGUGAGAGAGGAGAGCAGGGCAGUCCUGGCACCCAGGGGUUCCGUGGGGAGAAAGGGGAGCCGGGCAUGAGGGAGGAGGAGAUCCGUGCCUUUGUCAGGCAGGAGAUGAGCCAGCACUGUGCCUGUGGAGGCCAUUUCCCACGGCGUCUGGAUUCACGUGAGCACUCAGGAGGCUGGGGGGCUCAGGCCAGGAGUAGCCUCCCCUCUAUCCAGGGAGGAGGAAGAAUCGUCCGCCAGGAGAAGCAGCAUGGCCAGACAGGGCUCUUCCCCGCUCAUCCUUUCCCCACUGGCAGUGCAGUCCCCGUGCUGAAGUUGUCACAUGCUGAGGAAGAGGAGGGACAGGACAUGCAGGUCAUGCUUAACACCGAUGACCUAGACUAUGACAGUGAGUACGAUGAGGAGGAGGACUAUGAUGAGGGUCUGGAGAUGGAGCACUUGGAGCAGCCUGCAAUGGGUGCUGAGCCCUGCGGCCUGCCACUGGACGAGGGGGACUGCCAGCGCUACACACUGCGGUGGUACUACAACCAAAGAGUCACCGAGUGCCGGCCCUUCGUCUACAGCGGCUGCCAGGGCAACCUCAACCGCUUCGACAGCAAGGAGGAGUGUGAGCUGCGCUGUGGGCAGCGCCCAGGGGCAGGUGCCCAUGUCACGGCCAGUGGCAAGGUGGGAGCGCAGCCAAAGGUGUAGGCAUGGGCAGUGUCUCAGCAGGCAGUGCUGCUCAGCAGCUCGGCCCAGCAGUUGCCCUGGCCGGGGCUGGGCUGCCCGCAGUGUCAGAGGCCACAUGCCCACCAGCCCCCAGAAGGAACCUGGUGCUAUUUCUAACAUGUCUUUUUGCUGCUCAUGGGGUUUUCCUUUCGUAUUAGUUUUAUUGCCCAUUAAGGUGAAAUGUCAAACAGGAAACUAUCCCCAAGGCUCUUAAUCCAUUUUCCCACCUGGAGUUUUCCUGGGCUGUUCCCAGUUUGAUUUUUAACUUAUUUGUUGCAAUGGGAUGAUGUUUGGCCCCAUGCCCCAUCUCUGGCAGCCCAGAAGUGGAGCUGGGACUUGCCAGGGUUGGCUCCCCUCAUAGAACAUUCUCAUACCCUUCCCUGCCCCUAACCCUCCCUUGUUCCCUUUCUCCUCUGGGGCACACUGCCUGUGUUCCUGGACAAGGUAGUGCCUCCAUACGCAGCAUCCUUCACCCCCAUCCUGCAAACAGCUCCAUCUGAAUAAAUUUCACCCUAACCACAA